AUGUCUCCAUCGCCAUCGUCUUUCCUCUUUUACUACAGUAGUACUGAACUGGGCAUACAUGCAUGCUCUCCGUCCUUGCCGCAGCAAAAGAUCGUGAUCAGGGUGCAGAUGGAGUGCGACCGGUGCCGGUCCAAGGCGCUGGCGCUGGUGGCGGCCACGGGCGGGGUGGACUCCGUGUCGCUCGCGGGCGACGGCAGGGACCAGGUCGUCGUCGUGGGCGACGACGUCGACUCCGUCAAGCUCACCAACGCACUGCGCAGGAAGGUCGGACCUGCAGAGAUCGUGCAGGUCGCCGAAGCCAAGAAGGAGGGGGGCGGCGGCAACAAUCCUCCGGCCGCCACCGCCACCGCGCUGCCCGAGUUCGUCGCGUCGAGCCCGUGGUACUACCAGCAGUACCCGCAGCCGGCGGCCGUCGUGUACGAACAUCCCGCGGAGGGGUACGCGUGCGCGUACGGGUACCAGACGCGGACUGACAGCAUCUGCUCCAUAAUGUAG